UGACAUGCGCACUCGACCCUGUUACCGAGUUUGUUAUGAUAAGUCGAGGCCUCGGACUAAAUUAGGAGCCAACCCCCGUGUUUAUCCGGGCGAAUCCCGUAAUGGAGGGCAUGGACCUGGACCAGGAGCUCAUGCAGAAAUUCAGCUGCAUGGGUACAACAGACAAAGAUAUCCUCAUAUCAGAAUUUCAGAGACUUCUUGGGUUUCAGCUAAACCCCGCAGGAUGCGCCUUCUUUCUGGACAUGACCAACUGGAAUUUACAGGCAGCCAUUGGAGCCUAUUAUGACUUCGAAAGUCCCAACAUCAGUGCACCCUGCAUGUCCUUUGUAAAGGAUGUGACGAUUGGUGAGGGUGAAUCCGUUCCACCUGACACACCUUUCACAAAGACCUGGAGGAUACAGAACACCGGUGCAGAGUCAUGGCCUCCAGGAGUUUCUCUGAAGUAUGUUGGAGGAGAUCAGUUCGGCCACAUAAACAUGGUGAUGGUGCGUUCUCUAGACCCGCAGGAAAUGACUGAUGUCAGUGUGCAGAUGCAUAGUCCUGUAUCUCCGGGUAUGUACCAGGGCCAAUGGAGAAUGUGCACAGCUACCGGACUUUUCUAUGGAGAUGUAAUUUGGGUGAUCCUGAGUGUGGAGGUUGGAGGCCUCCUUGGUGUCACACAGCAGCUUUCCUCUUUUCAAGCUGAGUUCAACACCCAGCCUCAUCGUAACCUGGAAGGAGAUUAUAACCCCUUCGCCUCACCAGAGAAAAACAAGUGCCCUAACAGCAACAACAACAGCCUUCACGAUGACAGCAACCAUAGAGUUGCAGAGGAACAUUGGGAGGGAAGCCCAAACCAGCUGCAGCAAGACCAGAAUGGACUUUCACAAAACUCUGUGGAUAUAUUAGCAAAUAGUCUACAAAGCAAUCUAUCAGUAGUCUCUUGCAACCAGGGUAUACAGGAGCCCUAUCCAUUUGGGCACUCUUAAAUCAUGGGACUUGUGAAGGAGUGAAGCAGCACUAAAAUCAUACCUCUGGAGUCUGUCACACCAACAAAAGAAAGAAGAGGUUCGUCAGUAGAGAGUGGAGAGUGUGGAGAUUCAAAAACACUUUAUGCAAAGUCCAGUUAGACUGAAUAUCCGGAGGCCAACGCUCCUGACAUGCAGCUCAACCAACAUCCUGCACCCACUGUAUGCACGUGUGAAUGCUAAGUUAAAAAUGAGUGCUAUGAGUCUUUUGAGUGAUAACUUUUUUCUUUUAUUUUUCAAAAAAAAAUAAUUUUUUUAGCAGUCAGAGUACCCAUUAAACAGAUGACAGGAGUGUGUGAAUGUUUGUGUAUUUGUGUGUGGAUUGUGCAACAUGAAAAAAGAGAAUUUGGAGGAAAAGCCAUUCACUUUGCCAACUGAUUCUCCGGUUUCUACUCUGAUUUAUUGGUAUGUUGAUUAGGUUUGUGGACUCUUUGUUGUCUAGACUACUAAAUUCCUGAAACAUAAUUUAUGCAUUUUUAAAGAAACAAUAUUUUCCAAAAGCUUAUUUGAAGGUUAGAUAAGUCUAAACUGUGUUUUUCAUGCCACAUACAGUAUGACCAGUAUUUUGUAAGCCGUUAGCUGGAAGUUUAGAAACAGUGCAGCUUAUUUAAACAAGAGGGAAUCGGCCAAAUUGAAGCUAAGAUCAGAGAAACAGAAGUCUCAUACAUUAAUUACAAAUAUUUUCUGACAUAAAUUUAUUUUGUAUUAUUGGUAAAUGUUCCUGACUUCAUAGUUGGGUCAUUAAUUCAUACAUUAAUUCAUAAAAAGUUUUAAAAAACUAGAUUCCUGCAAAGUAUAAGAUGCGUAAUUCAAGUCAUAUAAACAGAAGUAAAGACAUAAUUUCUCAUUAUGAA